GAAAAUCUCAUCGAACACACACAUCACACAUAACAUUGUUGACGUGACGUGUCUUCGGCCAAAAAAUACCGACAAAAAACGAAAACGAAAAAAGUCAAAAUUUUCAAACGAAAAGAUUAAUCACCGGUAUUGUCUUAAAAUCCGAACUAAUCUAAUCAAUAAUAAUUACCGUUUGUUUGUUAAAUAUAAAUCGAAAAUGAUGAUGACGAAUCUAACCAUAUUCAAAUCGAAAUCUAUCGCUAUUUGGGCUCUAAUUUCUAUUUGUUGUUUUGUAAAUAUUGUUCAUUCAUAUUUUCUUGUGAUAGAUGCACAUGGUGAAGAAUGUUUUUUUGAACGUGUUGCAUCCGGUACUAAAAUGGGAUUAACAUUUGAAGUUGUUGAAGGUGGUUUUCUUGAUCUUGAUCUUUCCAUUGUUGGUCCUGAUCAUAAAGAAAUUCAUCAUGAAGAACGUGUAUCAAGUGGAAAAUAUACAUUUGCUGCACAUAUGGAUGGUGAUUAUCAAUAUUGUUUUGGUAAUAAAAUGUCAUCAAUGACACCAAAAGUAGUAAUGUUUUCAAUGGAUGUUGAAGAAAAAGCUAAACUUGAUACAAAAGAUGGUCAACAUCAUGAUUCAUUAGCAUCAGCAUCAGGUUCAUCAGGAUCAUCAAAUACAAAUGAUCAUAAUAAAUUAGAAGAAAUGGUUAAAGAAUUAACAAGUGGUCUUUCAUCAGUAAAACAUGAACAAGAAUAUAUGACUGUAAGGGAUCGUAUUCAUCGUCAAAUUAAUGAUUCAACAAAUUCACGUGUAUUAUUAUGGGCUUGUUUUGAAGCAUUAUUAUUGGUUGCAAUUACAUUGGGACAAGUAUUCUAUUUGAAACGUUUUUUCGAAGUCAGAAGAGUUGUUUAACCAAAUGAAGAACAAAAUAUAUAUUCAUUCAUAUAAAACCAACCAACCAACCAACUUAACAUUUUUCAUUUCAAAAUCAAUCAAUUUCUUAUUUUUUAUUAACAAA